CUAUUAUUACUUGUGGUCGUUACGUUCAUUUGGGUGCAGAUUAGUGAGUGCGCGAUGUCCGAAGCUCAGCUCAAAUCCACAGGAAAGUUGGCACGGAAGAAUUGUCAACCGAAGAGCAAAGCUACAGACGCUCAACUCAAUGAUCUGCAGGUGGGAAAAUGGGAUGACGCACCUGAAACCAAAUGCUACGCCUACUGCUUAAUGAACAUGUACAAAAUAGUGGACAAGACUACUGGUAAAUUCAAUGAAGAGACGGCCUAUAAUCUAUUGGACAUGUUACCUACCGCACGUGUAGCACCUAUUAAAGAAAGUAUAAGCAGAUGCAAAGGACAAGACGGCGGUGAUGACAAAUGCAAUUCUGCUUACCAAGUGUUAAAAUGCAUCUACUUCGACAAUCCUUCGAACUACUUCGCACCAUAAGAAUGAUUAGUUGAUUCCAGAAACACCGCGUAUCCAAUCUAUGAUGACUAAAUUUAUGAAUUUGCAAUAAAAUUG